UACAAAUGUGAGAGACAAGCCAAUAUCUCCAGCGAGAAAGGAGCUUUGCCAACGGCAGUGUUUGGAGAAGGCUCUUUGGAGGGUGUCGGAAUGAGUUUUUCACUAAACUUCACACUGCCGGCCAAUACGACUUCCUCUCCAGUUGUUACAGGUGGGAAAGAAGCAGACUGUGGGCCCUCUCUUGGAUUAGCCGCAGGUAUCCCGUCCCUGGUGGCCACAGCACUGCUGGUGGCUUUACUAUGGACUCUGAUUCACCGAAGAAGAGGCAGCACUGAGUCCACUGAGGAAAGUGAGAGGCCAUGUGAAAUUACAGAAAUUGAUGACAACCCCAAGAUAGCUGAGAAUCCUAGGAGGGCACCCACUCAUGAGAAGAAUAUGAUGGGAGCAGAAGAAGCUCACAUAUAUGUGAAGACUGUAGAAGGAAGUGAGGGGCCCGUGCGUGAUACUUACCGUCCCACUGUAGAAACGGAGAGAAGGAGGGGACUGUGGUGGCUUGUGCCCAGACUGAGCCUGGAAUGAUGCAGCUCAGUCAAGGAACAGC